AUAUGAAUGAAUAAAAUUCUAUCUAUCGAUUUAUUUUCUAUGUUGAAAUCUGUGUUUGGUUUCUCUGUUCUUAAACUUAUCGUUAAUGAUCAGAUUGCAUUUCAAGUGCUAGUGAAGGCAUUGAUAAGUAUAGAUCCUGGUGAAGAAAUAGAGUUUCUAAGGAAACUAUUUCAAGAAUUCAUUGCCGGUCUCAUGUCUCUGCCUAUUAAUUUUCCUGGAAGUAGACUCCACAAAUCAUUACAGGCAAAGAAGAAAAUGGUUGAGUUAGUAAAUAAAAUUAUCAAAGAAAAAAGGAACAGUGGAAUCCCAGAAGUUCCGAAAGAUGUUGCAGAUGUUUUGAUUGGCAAUGGAAGUGAAAAACUAACAGAGGAUUUAAUAUCAGAUAAUAUGAUAGAUUUGAUGAUUCCUGGUGAGGAUUCGGUGCCGGUUCUCAUUACUCUUGCUGUAAAAUACCUCUCAGAUUGCCCUGCUGCUCUCCUACAGUUAACAGUAUGCUCUCUCUCUCUCUCUCUCUCUCUCUCUCUCUCAACUUGUGUUGACUUUUUUUGAUCGGCAAAAGAGAAG